CUCUUUUCUUAUCUCUUCCCUCCGCGCGCGCCUUUCCCACUCACCAUACAAACCAACCGUGUACAGCAACAGGAAGCUUAUUAGGUUUGUUAGAGAUCACACACGCUGGUACAAUGGAAAAAAUGGUGAGCUAGCAGGUUAGCUAGUGUAGAAGAGCAUAUAUAGCUGCCUGGUAUACAUUGUGUGGCCGCGCGCGCGCGCUCUGGUUCAAGGAGGAGAGGGCCAGUCUGGCCAUGUCGUCGAAGGAGGAGGAAGAGAAGGUGGAGGCGCCGUGCGUCAUCAAUGGUGACACGACGGCGGAGGACGGCGGCGGCGGCGAGGAGGGAGAUGGCGAGCGUGAGGGCGAGUUCGAGGAGGUGAUGGCGCAGCUGGCGCCGGAGGGCGUGCGGGCGCUGCACGCGCGGGUGGAGUCCGAGUGGGGGCCCGUGCUGCAGAGCGCGUGCCAGACGGCGGCGGCGCGCGCGCUGUGGGGCCGCGCGGUGCGCGACCCGGCGGCGGGGGUGCUGGCGGGGGAGAGGUACCUCAGGGGAUUGCACGAGAAGAUGCGGCGCGACGAGCGCGCCGGCGCGCGGGAGGUGCACGGGGUCAUGAUCGCCGUGCGGACGCUGUGGUUCGACAGCCGCAUCGAGGCCGCCGUCGCCGCGCUCGGCGGGGACGCGCAGGUCGUGCUCCUCGGCGCAGGGAUGGAUGCAAGAGCCUAUCGAUUGAGCUGCCUAAAGGAAUGCACGGUAUUUGAACUUGACUUCCCGGAGCUCCUAGAAAUGAAAUCUGAUCUUCUGCACGAAGCAAUGAGUUCUGCAAAUCACCAGAAACUCACCAUGAUGGCAAAAUCAUUGAUUAGGGUUCCUGCCAACAUACAAGACGCGGACUGGAUAACGAAGCUGCAGAGCUGUGGGUAUGUUCCUGAAAGAAACACCAUAUGGGUGCUUGAAGGCAUUAUCUACUACCUUCACCAGGCGCAUGCAAUGCAAGUCCUUGAAACAAUUGCAACCAGCCGCACCUCAGCCUGCACAGUGCUCCUGGCCGACUUCAUGAACAAGAAUGCAACGUCGCUCUCUCCGACAAUGUACCAUUUCUACCAUGACAGCCCUGACCUCCUGCUGCCUUCUAUUGGGUUCUCUCAGGUAACACUGUCACAAAUUGGAGACCCGCAAGCACAUUUUGGGCUGAUAAGUCACCCAGAGAACCUGUUUGAUAAACUGAGGAGACUGCCAAGAUCAAUGGAAACAAAUCCGGAGGAUGGCACGCCAUGCUGCAGACUGUAUUUUGUGGAAGCCUCUGCUUCACCAGAUGACCAGACCACAUGUCCACUGGAUCACCACUUGGGAUAGUUAUACAUCUUUCUUUUCAUCUGAUGAUGUGCAUAAUUCAUUAGCAUUCAAAUUCAGAUGUGAUUUUGUAUAAUAUAUUUUUUGUCUGAGAUAAUACACAAAAUCUUGUCAUGAAAAAUGUAUUAUCAAGAUUGUGCCUGCUCUUCA